AUAUGAAAAACGUGACAGUAUGGUAAAAUUCGUCAUUUGGAGAUUUAUAACUGCCACAGAAAGCGCGUCAUUAUUUUGCGUAAAACUAGUAUAUGAAAAAGAAUUCAAAUCACAUUCUGUAAUUUAAAUCUCCAGGAUUUAUUCAUCAUAAAAGUUUUGUCCAUCCCAUUUGUGUAUAUAAACUGUUUAGCGCACUGAUUUCAUUCAAAAUCAACUAUGUCAAUUGAAACGCGUAUUCUGUUUCUUGGGGUAAUUCACAUGCUCACCGUGUACGUUCGAGUGGCAGGCAGACAAAUUGGAAAUGAACAUGUUACUCAGGAUCAAGUCAGUCAAACUGAAUCGAGUUUUACAGAGUACGAUAUAGAUUGUAUGGAAACCGAAUUUAUGAGAUACAACGCUGAAGAUUUGCCUCCUAAAUGGGAUGUACCAAGUAAUAAGAUACAAAUCAUAAACCAUUCUGUAACCUGGUCUUACCCAAUUCAAGAUAAGAGCAAUUUGACAGGUUUCAAGAUAUGGUUUACUGACUGGGAAACUAAUUCAGAAGGCUGCAAGCUGGUUUUGUUGAAUAAUACUCAUAAUAAUUUAAUGAAUUUAAAAACACACUUGCCAAAUAAUAUCAAGAAUACGCCUGCGCUGUCAGUAUAUGUCUAUCCACUUGUAGAAAUUGGCUCAAUAAAAUAUGUGCAGUGGAAAGGUCUUUCGUUUUUAAAUAUAUCUAGAAACAGUAUUAAAGUUGUCUUUGGUCUACAGCAUAUAAGUUCCAUGAAUUUCAGUCUGUACAGAAAGAAUGGUAAACUUGUCUAUUCAAAACGUGUUCAAGGAUCAAUGGUUGUGGUGAAACGUCUACCAAAAGGUGUCUAUUUCUUCGAGCUGGAUGACAUAGAAAGUAAUAUGUCUCCAAAUCACUGUCCAUGUUAUGUCGAAUCUUUGGGCAAGAAAGUGUGUCUACAAUGCGAAAGAAAAAAUAGUCAAGAGUUUCAAGUUCCAGGCGAGCGGUCGAGUAUGUCGAGUUGUGUAAAGUCGACAACCAACGGUCGUUUAGUUGUUUGUUAUCGAUCUGGUAGCGACUUGCAUGACAAAGUGGUUCAAAGAUUUUAUGACGUUCUAAAGCACGUGUGGCACGUGGAUGUACUAGAGGAACAUGAUAUCAGAUCCAACCCUCUUUUAACCAGCAAUGUUAAAGAUAAACGAUUGAAUGUAAUUGUAGUUGUUGGUGGACAUGGAACCGGUCAGUUUUCACAACAACUUUCAAGUUCAGCCGUAGAAAACAAUCAAUUAGCAAAGUUAGUGGAAAACAUGGAAUGCAGACCUACACUUGUGUCUUAUUAUCAGACGUCAUUAUAUCUAGCUAAAAAUAAAUCAACUGGUCUACAAACAUUCGACUUAAACGAAGAGCUUUUGAAAUGUUUGGAUCAUUUGUAUGGUAGAAAACUCCCAUUAAGGACCAGUUCAAAACUUACUGAUGAUAUAAAAAGCCUAGAAAAAGCAAUCGAUAGGACAUUGAAAGCUUAUAACGAAGGCAACAAAUACAACGAAGUUCCGGACAACUUUUCUCAAUACCACUUUGGCAAUGAUGACAACUACAGUUUUAUAUCACAUAAUGAAAACAUUGCUUCUGCCCUGUUGCAAAACUCUUUCAACAAUAGUUUUACUGUAAAUUUUCACCAGUCAAAUAGAAGUAUGACAAGCUGUGAGCAUGAUGAAAGCAUAACUAUUGGUGGGAAAAGUGUUUGA